AGAAUUUAAAAAGGGACAUGGACGAAGUGUGGAAGCAGGCACUCACAAUCUGCAAGCGGGACCAGAGAAACGACUUUCGACAUCAUGAAGCCCCAGACUGCCCUUCUGUUGGUCUGUUUCUUCAGGACAAGCUUUGCUCUCCCAGUGCAGAUUGGAAUUAUUGCAAGCAACAGCAAUGAGAUUCUGAGACUCAAUGGAUUAACUCUAGCCGCUCUUGGACAAGCACAGGGGUCUUCAAUAUUGCCACAGUUUGUUCUGCAGCAGCAGCCUGAGGUGCUGCUCACUCCACAAGUGCUGAACCUGAACCCUCAAAUGGCCGGUCCCUUCGGUCCCCAGGGGCCUCAGCUGUUCUUCCCCUCUCAGGGCAACCAGCUCACACCUGUGAUCAUGCCCAACGGACAGAUAGAGCAGGGCGGAGUCCCACAGGACCCCAACGCUCCUAACAUCCCCCAGCAGGCCCAAAACCCUGUUCAGAUGUUUCCAUCUUUCCAGUACCCAUCUUAUGGAUUUCCUCAGUACCCCAGACAGCAGGGAUUCCCGUACUUUGUGAAUCCUUACGCCUAUCCCCAGCUGAGGAACACUGCAAUGCAGCAGCCUAACAACCCUCAGCAAACCCUGGAGAGAACCACACACAGACCACAGCUCCCUCUGCAGGCUUCCCAGCCGAAGGUGCAAACAGAAAGAACAUGGCCACUGGGGACUCAGAAGGAGUCGACUACAGUUCCUCCUGAUCCUCGUGGUGACACCUCUGGCCCUGGAGUUGAUGAGGGUCACUCCAACUUCCCCUUCCUGUUUGAGCCCUGAAGUCAUCUCAGCAAUACCAAGCUGACAGAUAUUUCUCGUUCAUUGUUUUGCUAAAUGUUCUGAUACAUCCCAUUCUGCCUAUUUUGAUUUGUUUGUGCACUGAAAAUGUCUGGCUUCUUUCUCAUCAUGUCGAAUAAACAACUUUGACA